GUAAACUUGUUUUUUUUCGUGUUGUCAAUUUGCUUAUGAUUGUUGGGGAACAGGUAAAUCAACAUUACAGUUUCAAGAUUUUCAACUUAUUCAUGUUGAAGGCUUAUUCAACUCAUGGAGUAUCUCUCAUUAUGUUGUUUGCAUUAUGAGUGAACCCAUCACCGUUAUAAAAGUUAUCUUGAUUCUUUUACUUUCUUGUGCCAUAUAAUCUUCCAUUCAUUUAGCAACAAAUUGGAUUUUUUAAUGUUUACAUAUAUACUUAUACCAUUUAUUGGAUAAAUUUUGUUACAGAAUUACCUACACAUUAACAAACAAACAUUUAUUUAAAUAUUUUUGAAUAAAUAACUUCACCAUCUAAUGUUCAAAUGUUGAUCGCUUUUGUUUCUGUUCCUACUUAUCUUGCAAUGCAUUAGCAUCUCUAAUCCUAUUGAUUGUCUCAUAUGCCUUUUAUUCCUCCUGCUGUCAUUUCCAAAUUUGUUUACAAAAUUUAUUGAUCGUACCUUGACUUACUGGAAAGCUGAUUUCGCAUUUUAAUCGAUCUUACAUAUUUCUAUAAUCCAUUCAUUUGCUUCUUUUGGAUGUAAUAUUGAAUCUCAUCAAAUUAGACCAUUUGGUUUACUGCGCACACCAGGAUUGUGAUUUUUUGGUUUCUAGUGUGGAUAUUUUUUGCCCCUGGUUAAUCCUGGUUUUUAUUCGGGCAAUGAGUUUAACUGUUUCCCACUAACGUCCAAAAAUGUCUUCUGUUCUAACCGAAAACAUUGUUUUGAGUCGAACUCGCUCUCAUGAUUUAAGGAAUGUAAAAAAGCUCAACUGUUGGGGAAGCGAGUUAUCCGAUAUCUCGAUUGUUCAACGAAUGCCAAAUGUGGAAGUUUUAUCAUUAUCUUUAAAUAAUAUUGCCAGUCUUCAAGACUUCAAUUCGUGUAAAUAUCUACAAGAAUUGUACUUACGGAAGAACAAAAUCUCCAACAUUAAUGAGAUUUAUUACCUUCAAGAUCUUCCCAAUUUAAAGAAACUAUCACUCGAAGAUAAUCCAUGUAACCAACAUGCCAAUUACCGCUACACCAUUAUUAAAGCCCUUCCUAGACUGGAAACACUGGACAAUGCCAGUAUAACAUCCGAAGAGUUAGCCAAGGCUCAAACUUUGGGUGAUGAUAUUUAUGAUCCAACUUCUGAACAAUCAACUUACCCUCAACUUAAUGGCCAUUCACAUCAAAAAUUGCCCAUCCAACAACAGUUGCCAGAUGAUGAAGAUUAUGAGACUUAUGACGAAGACGUUGAACUUUCUCGUGAAGAAAGUGUAACCUACCGAGAAAAGGACGAUGGAUCAUUUAACUUCAUUCAAGAUACUAAACCUUUAAGCUCAACACCUCAAAAUGGGUCCAAUCCAUCAAUUUCAUCUUCAGAAAAUAAGAUUAAAAAUCAACAACCACCUCAACAGCAGCAGCAGCAACAACAACUACAACAAACCCAACAACAGGGAAAUGGUGUUCAACAUUCAAUUACUCCUCAAAUCACUCAGCAACACUCAUUGUCUCAAGCUCAAUUGCAGCAACGUUAUAGCCUACAAGAAAUUAGUCCAGAUACAUGGAAUUCAAAAGAAGCAAAACAAGUCACAUCUAAUCCAUCCUCAGCUUCUUCAACAAUAUUAAGGUCACAAAGCGUUAGUGACUAUAAUAUGUACAAUGGAUCCAAUUGCAACAAUUCAGCUGGCCACUGUCGUUCAACCGAUACCAAAAGUUGCAUUUCCGAUCAAACUCAUGAUCUUUACCAAUAUCACAAUGAAAAUGGUUCAGGAAAUGAACGAUAUUCACCUUUGUCCUCUCAUGGAGGCAAUGUUGGAGGAGGAUCUGGCAGCUGUGGAAGUAGUGGAGGAAGUGGAAAUGGGAGUGGCGCAGGUAGACGAUAUGGUUACCAAUCAAUUCAAUCAAUAUCAAGUCAACAAAAGCCAUUAUCCAAAGGCGGUCGAAACAGGAAUGCCAACAUAUUAUCUGCUGUAUUGUGUCUCAUCAAAGAGCUUGAUUAUGCAAGUUUAGAGGUUGUUGAAACUGCAAUCCAUUGUCGUAUGGAAGAGAUGGAAGACUAAAUAGGGAUGGAGAGGAAAAAAGGCAACAAAAAAAACAAAGAGACAAGCAAACGAGAAAUAAUAAGCCGAGUCAAUGAAAGGAAAAGUUGAAAAUGGAACAGAAUUAAGACAUUCAAACUACUUAGGACAUUAUUGUAAUUAUAAUCAUCACCGUGACAGUCAGAAUCGCCAUUUUCAACUUCAACAUUCCAUUGAUGUCUUGUCACAGACUGAGAGUACUUUAAAGACUAAACGAUAACCAUAAUUACUCUGUGAUGGAAACAAAAGGGUCGAGUUGAUUGUAAAAAAAUGAACAUUCAAAAGCUGACCUGAUCUUUGUAUUAACCAUUCAUUUCCACACCAACCAAAUGCCACUUUUUCAAUUCACUUUAUCUCUCCUUCAAAAGAUUCAUCACUAUUUUCAUCAAAGUUUACAAUAUGCUUGCUCUAUCAUCAUCUUCAGCUGAUUUCAGAUUCUUCUGUUUCCUUUCUUAACUUUUUCUCAAUAAUUCAUUGGAAAAGAAAAGGCAAAUUGACGUGCUGAUUUUAUUGCCGGAUGGUUUAUUUUCCUCUCUAUAGCUGAUGAUCAUCUUCAAAACUGAGUGUUGAUUGAAAAGUUGAUGAGUUGUUAAAGCUCCAAAAAAAGAUAAAGCCAGAUGAUUGAUGCAAAGAACCAUUUUUCAACCUUUCUCAAGUUUUGAUUGUAAAAAAGCGUUGAGACUCCCACUCGGAGGUUUAAAGCAGCAUAAACAGUGGUUUCCGUUUUUUUAUUCAUCUGAAUAACUCAAGGAUGACUUUUUAAAUAAAAACGGCAACUGUUUACAAUCGCACUGUCAAAUCAACAUGCCAUUGUCACAUGAAAUUAUCAAAUGAAGUUUACCAAAUUGCAGAUAUUUCCUUUCAUGUUGGCUUUGCUUGAUUCCAGUUAACCUGUGCUUUUACUAUCAAUCUAAAUAAAGUAUUCAAUUUGGG